AUUCCCUUCAUAUCGAUGACCAAUAAUGUGACCACUUUCCAUAAUUUAAUCUACUUAAACCUGCUACUGGGAACAAGUUGGAUCAAAACACCAAACACAUUGCUAGAUCUAUCCCUCAUCACCAAAAAUGAGUUCAAGCAUUAAGCAUUUUAGCCAUCCGGAGCACGAACUUAUCUUGAAGGAGAAUGAUGUUAUUGAAGACACUGCUACUUGCUAUGUCUGCAACAGAACAGUCAUCGGCUUUCCCACGUAUACCUGUACUAGUCAUCAUGCUGCUGCUGCUGAUGAUGAUGAUACCUUUAAAAAAUUUUACCUGCACCAGACUUGUGCAGAAUUACCCCCACGUCUUUUCCAUCACGAUAUGUACAACCGACCCCAUCUUUUCCAUCGCGAUAUGCACAAUCGACACCCCCUUACUCUUGAACAAUGCUCUGGUAGAACCUAUUGUAAUGGUUGUCAUCUUCAAAUAAAGUUCGCUUAUAGGUGUGCUCCUUGUAACUGUGGUAUAUGUGUUGCUUGUGCUUUUCCUUUUCCUCCUCCUGAUGAUGAGCAGAGAGAGCUUCAUCAUGAAGGUCACCGGGAGCACACACUAGUAUUGCAGAGGCAAGCUUUGUUUAAAUGUGAUGCGUGUUGGGUAGAGGCCAAAGACUUUUCGUAUGUAUGCAAAACGUGUGAUUUUUGGAUCCACAAGAAGUGUGCUCUCUCUCCGUCCAUUAUUGCAGAGCCUGCUUAUCAUCACCACCCUGUCACUCUUAUCUUCUCUAUUCCAGAUGAACAUCGCUAUUUCGGCCGGUGGUGCAAUAUCUGCAGUGACUAUGUUCCUGUAAUCUCCUGGAUGUAUUACUGUCACAAAUGCACAUAUUUCGUCCAUAUAAAAUGUGCAACAGCCCCUGUAUCUGCAUUAAAGGAGCCUGAAGCCGCUGGCAGUGACAACGACCCAGAUUUGAUAGAAUUUCCUCCUCAUAGCAUGGAAGCGCUAAGUGAUUUCUUUACCACCCAGUUCUCGAAAUUCCAAGUUGACUUUAGAGGUGAGCAUAAAGAUACUGCCAUUACAUCAACCGGACCUAAUGACCCACAUAUAAUUGAAGAGCACUGGAGUCACCCAGAUCAUCCAUUAGAACUGUUUCAGUUUAUUAUUAAUGAGCAUGAUAGCGACGACGAAGAUGACGACGACAACACAACAGUAUUGAUAUGUGAUGGGUGCACUCAACACAUCACUGUUACCCAUCCAUCUUACUACGGUUGUACCCAGUGUAAUUUCUUUCUCCACUCCGUAUGUGCCAUUAAAUUGCCAAAAGUGUUGCCUAUAGGAAUAUCCUCGUUUCACACGCAGCAUCCGCUCGCUCUUACGAGGAAACCUAGAUUCUACACGACAGUGGACUGCGCAAUUUGUGGCUGGGAGACAAAUGGAUUCUACUAUAAUUGUGAGGCUUGUGAUAUGAAAAUAGAUAUUUGCUGUGCAUUUUUGCCCUCCAGGAUAAAAUAUAAGUCUCACAAGCACCACCCCUUUAUUCUGCGUCCAUCAUGGGGUGAAGCUUGCAGUGUUAGUAGGGAAGAAAUUACUGGUGGCAUGGAAUAUGGAUGUGAAAUUUGUAGCAAUUUCCGGAUGAAUGUAUCUAGUGUAUUGGUUCCCAGUACGAUGAAACACAAAUAUGAUGCCUCCAUAACUUUGAGAUAUCCUCCUUUCUUCUACGAAGGUGCAUUCUACUGUGAGCUAUGUGAAGACCGAGUAAACAAUCAGCGGUGGCUCUAUCAUUGUGAUAAGUCUGAUCAUUCUUUUCACUCUGAUUGCCUCUUUUCGUGGCAAAAGAUCAAGUUAGGAGGGACUGUCAGAAUCGAUAUCAACGAUAAAAUGCACACACUUGCAUUUGUAUUCAAAAUGAAUGUAAGCGCUGCCUUAUACAUUUGUGGCAAUUGCGGUGAUGGGUACACCCAUAGUCUCUUCUUCGAACGUGAUGGCUGUGGAUAUCUUAUCUGCGUUAAUUGUGUCAGGGACAGAUAUGGUGAUUAACAAGUCAAUGCAGUACUGAGAUAUUUCAACA